AUGGAUACAGGUAACACAAUUUCAAGUAAGUAUGAAGUUGACCUUCAAGCAAUUCAACGUCAAAUGUGUGCUGAAGAAAGAGAAAAAAGGAAGUAUGUUCUUCAACAAAAGAGAAACAACAGAGGUUGUCAUCAUGUAUCAACAUCUGAUUCUAUUGAAAGGAUUCCAUUUUCAAAAGCUUCAAGUGUUUCAACCACCAAUGUUCAGAGAAGGAAUGUGUAUCAUCUUCCUGUUUAUGUUACUCCAAAUAUUAGUAGUAAUUUGUUUUACUCAUCUACACAAGUAAAAGAUAAGACAAUUUCAAGUAAGUAUGAAGUUGACCAUCAAGCAAUUCAACGUCAAAUGUGUGCUGAAGAAAGAGAAAAAAGGAAGUAUUUUCUUCAACAAAAGAGAAACAACAGAGGUUGUCAUCCUGCAUCAACAUCUGAUUCUGUUGAAAGGAUUCCAUUUUCAAAUACUUCAAGUGGUUCAAUCAACAAUGUUGAAAGAAGGGAUGUCCAUCACACUCCUUUUGGAAGUACCGAGCAAUUAUCCAAUUUUGUUGAGAGGACUCCGUUAUCAGAUAUUAUAAAUUGUGGAAUAUCUAAAAUUGAAUUACAAAUGAGUGAUGAGAUGUUACCAGAUUCUGUGGUUAAGAAGAUUCAUGGAAUUUCUAAAGAUUAUAUUGAUCAUGGAGAUGCCAUAUUUGUUUGUUAUAAAUGUGAUGCAAUGUUAUGGGAAGAUGAAAUGCUUAGGGGAAGUAAAAAACGUAACAAAACAUCCUAUUCUCUUUGUUGUUCAAAUGGAGAUGUUGAGCUACCACGACCGCCUACACCUCCUCCAUUACUAUGCCAUUUAUAUAAAAGUCGUACCUCACAGUCUCGUAAUUUCAUGGAUAAUAUUCGAGCAUAUAACAUGAUGUUUUCCUUCACAUCUCUUGGUGGGAAGGUUGACAAAAGUUAUCAGAGAGCUUUACAUUAUGAUUCACAAAACGAAGUUGUAAAUCGUCAAAAAGCAGUAAGUUCUCACAUAGAAUGCAAAACUACAAGAAACAACCAGCUUGAUAGUACAACCAUAGAGGGUCUUAAAGAUAUGUUGGAUUCUUACAAUCCUCUUGUCCAAUCCUUCAGAAUGGUAAGAGAUUGUUUUCAAGAAAAUGAGUUUCAAGAUGUAAGCUUGAAGCUUAUUGGAACAAGAGAUAAGGAUGAAAGAGUUCACAAUUUGCCAACAACAUCAGAAAUUGCUGCUUUAAUACAUGGUGAUUUUGAUGGAGCAUUUGAUAAACGGGACAUUGUUGUUAGAAAGAAGUUUGGUGGUCUUCAAAGAAUUAAUGAGCUUCAUCCCUCUUACCUUGCUUUGCAAUACCCACUUAUUUUCCCAUAUGCUACUGAAGAUGGUUAUAGAGUUGGUAUUAAACAUAGAGGGAUUGCGAUUGAUGAUGAGGUACUUAGAACCAAUCUUACAAUUAGAGAAUUCUUUUUUUACAAAAUUCAAGAUAGACAGAAUCAGUUUUCAUUGUUAGUUAAUGCGAAAAAACUAUUUCAGCAGUUUUUGGUUGAUGGAUACACGAUGAUAGUAUCUGCCAGGUUGAAUUAUAUAAGGACACAACAACCUAAACUUAGAGUGCAAAAUCUUAAGAAUUUGGAUGCUACUGUUGAAAGUAGAGAGAAUAAUGCCUCAAGUUGUGGUAAACCUAUACUUUUACCUUCAUCAUUUAUUGGUGGUUCUAGAUAUAUGAUGCAAAAGUACUUGGAUGCUAUGGCAAUUUGCAAGUCUGUUGGAUAUCCCGAUUAUUCAUAA